AUGUCGAAUCUUGCCAUUGGAAAUGGUACAGGAUGGAGUAUCAUCAGUCGAGUAAAUACAUUUGUUCGUCUAGAUGGUUUUCUCAAUCGAAGUCCUGUAGCUACUACUUUGCCAAUUAUCUAUAAAGAAGUUAAUGUUCAACAAACACAUUUUGUACAGAUAAGUGAUGGUGAUGGUAGUGAUAUUCUUCGUUGUCGAUGGGCAGUUGGAACUACCAAUAACACAAAUGUAUAUGAUGAAUGUGGUGGCAUUUGUCAUGGCAUACCCGGAGCUAUUCUGUCAUCGAAUAAUUGUUCUUUAACAUUUACUCUCAAUCGAAGUUCCAUUUAUUAUGCUGUUGCUUUGCAAAUUGAAGAUUAUUAUUUAUCAACUUCAUCAUCGCCAAUGAGUUCAGUUCCAAUUCAGUUUCUCAUCUAUUCUUAUGUUGCAUCAGGUGGCUGUGGUAUCCCACCAGCAAUCAUUGGUACUCGAUCAAAUCAAGAUCUGUAUCAAAUCAAUCUUACUUGGACUCCCACUGCUAAUCAACUUGGACCUCAAAGCUUUUGCGCUGCAGCACUAGAUAACACGAAUAUUUCAUCUGAUCAAUGGUGUAUCACAUUUUUAGUUGGUUUCAAUUCACCCGAUCUUAUUCGACCUUCACUCAUUCAAGGCGCAGUUUCGCCAGUCGGCACAAUUUUUGCUAACCGAUCCCUAUUUACUGCAAUGACAACACGACCAAUCACACGUCCUUCACAUAAUGACACAUUUGUUUAUUUUAAAAAUUUGGCAAAUAACGUCACAGCAUAUUCUAUUGAUUGUGCAACCAGUUCAGAAAUACUUUAUCUUGACACAUUACUGGUGAUUAACGUCUCUAAUGCAUCAUGGACUCCCGGUGCAAUUUACUAUAUCACCUUCGAUGAUGGAGCAAUUAGUGGCUCUGCUUACUGUGGUAAGUUCCUGCACAAUCGUUAUGGUGGUUGUAAAGAUACUCUUUCAGUUGAUCCAAAACUUGAUGGUCAACAGUAUCGAUUAGUAAUUUGGGAUUCAAUGAAUAAAUUUAAUAGUGAUCAUGAUAUACUUGAAUUAUUUGAUACUGGAUAUAGUUGUAUCUUAAAAUAUGAGAAAGGAGUUGCCAAAGGUGUUCCAAUCGCUCGAAAUGCUGGAUCAUUAUCACCAUUAGCCAGUAAAUUCGAUCGACAGAGGGUUUUGGCAAUUGAUCAAUAUAACAAUAUUUACGUUACCGAUACGUUUUAUCAUCGAAUUCAAAAAUGGGGACCCAAUGACAGUGAUGGAACAACUAUUGCUGGUGGUACUCGUAAUGGUAAAGGUGUCAAUCAACUCUUUUUUUCCGGAUAG